GCUUCAGUCGUGUGGGUGCAGUCUGCGCUCGAGGCGCACGUUCGCCUUACUCAGCUGUUAUUAAUUAUUUAACACUUAAAUAUCCAUGGACAGAAUAUUCCUGUCUUUCUAAAACAAUACUUACAUUUAAAACUAAAAUAAAAUAAAAUGUUAUCGCCGUAGCAGCAUGAAACUGGGUGUACCGCGGAGCAAAGCUUACGGGCUGAAACCAGGGCUCAUUGCGUGUAAAUUAAUAAUUGACGGCGUCUGUUGAUAUUUUAUUUUUUAUUAUCUAGUUACUAGUUAUUAACGUGCUGUUGAAUUUUUAAAUCGUUAUAUACUUGUCAUACUUUGUAUAUUUAAAUACGCCACUGUGUCUUAUGUAUCAAUAAUUGACUUGUUAUCAAUAAUCUAAAAAAAAUCGUUGGAUAUAAAAAAAAACAUAAAAAGUCGCCACGAGGAAUAACGAGCUACAGGAAAUGCAGACUGAGUUGAUGUACCGAAAACCAAUGAUAACAACACGCGGAAUGUCGUCGUUAAACACGAGUGUCCACCGUCUGAAGAGAGAGUCUCCGAAAGACUCGAGAGAAACAAUUCACUCGGGGCAUUUUAUGGUCUCGGAUUUUGAAGCCGAGGCUCAGGAUGACGAAGACGAGCUUGCUGUACCAGUACCUGAGGAGGAGGCUGUGAGAAAUACAACAAUAGCACCAGUGGGUCUCGCUCCGGAAAAAUUAAUGCCGAAAUCUUUGAUUGAAAAUUCAUUAAAUAAAUUAUUUCAGUGCAUGUCAUUGGCUUACAGACAGAAGUUAACAUCACCUAAGUGGAAUCGAUUUAAAGGAAUACGGCUAAGAUGGAAAGACAAGAUAAGAUUGAAUAAUGUUAUCUGGAGAUGUUGGCAUAUGCAAUUUAUAUUAAAACAAAAUACUUUGGUGUGUCAAUUUGCAUCACCUCUGGAUGUUGAUACUCACAAUAAACCUGAAGCUGUGGUGCUCGAGGGCAAAUACUGGAAGCGAAAACUCGCGGCUGUUACGGCUGAGUAUAAAAAAUGGCGCAUGUUUUAUCGAAACAAAAUUCUGGGAUGGACCAACAAGGAUGGGAUGUUGGAGUCAAUGGAUAUGUUAGAUUGGGACACCGGUGGAAUGACACCAUCAUCUUGUUUUUCUGGGAGCAUGAUUUCACACGGCGGAGUGAGUGGUAUGCAAGGCCCGGAUAGUAUGAUGGUCGAUGAAGAUUACAUGGAUUUAAUGACAGACACAUUGUUCUCAACAAUAACUGCCAACCAGCCGUAUCAUUUUCCUGACACUCGUGAAAUCGCAAGAGGAGCGAGUCUCGCCGAUUUUAUCCAACCAAGUCUCGGACCGCUGCAGCCGAAUCUGGACGACUUUAUGGACACUCUGGAGCCUCUGCAAGAAUUUUUAAACUCAAAACUCCCACCAGUGCCCGAAGAAGAGGACAUUUUCCGAAACGGGGCUCUCAACAGCAAUUACUCGGACAAUUACUCCGAGUUAAUGGCGUCUAUGAAUCAAAUCAACCAGGUAGCUCAAUUAUCGGAAGCUUCUAAUGACGUCGCGGUCCAACAAUCGUUGCGUCAAGAGCAAAGCGACUUGCAGAGCCUCCAGUACACCGCUAAAAUUUACACCCAGCCGCAAGACUACCGCGGGAACGUCGUCGACUCGUACUCCAGCCGCCAGCCCUACGAGAGUCAGAGUCCCUUGAAGGAAAAAUCCCGGGGAAGAUCUACCAAUCGCAACCGCGUGAUCCAGCAAACGUUUAAUCAAAACUCGCAAGUUAUUUAUCAAACUCCUUCACGCAGUUACAAUUCUCAGGAGCUCCAGCCUCUGCUUAAUACCAACAGCCAAGCUAUCAAUUUAAAUUCAAGUCAAAUUACCAUGGACAGUGUCAACCUGGUCACUAAUUUUUCUCUCCCUCAAGAGUCACAGCCUCAGCAGCGCGUCUUACGGCCCAUGCCGCAAAUUUCUGAUCCGUUUAAGAUAGUGCCUCAGACUUACAAAUUACCUACCACGACUCUAGCUUCUUCUUCGAGCUCUUCUACUUCUUCUUCGUCACAGUCAUACAAUCAGUACAAAUAUAAGUGUAAUUCAAAAGUCGCAGCCCAACCAGUGACAGUCACCGUCUCCUCAACAAACCCAUCUCAACCGCACAUAUUACUGCAAUGCAAGCCAUCAGGUCUGGACCUAUCAACAUCUCUCCCCCCUCAAAAAAUAAUUCCCCGCCCAACCGGUGGUUGUUCCUCAACUCCGGAAAAAGAGGACAUAUUUGCAGUGCCAAAGUACCAGAUGAAGGCUCGGAAUCGUUCACGGAGCAGCUCGGCGCUGUCAGUCACCAGAAAUCACCCGGCGCCUUUGGUAUCAGCAGUGAGCGACCCAGCAUUGAACAUCAACAACAACGUCCUGCUGGCCCACCUGUUGACCAACAACACGACCGGGUUGUACACAGUGACCAGCGGCCCGGAGAAAAUUAUCACGACUGUGUCCAACCCGACGAUGAACAACCCGGGUAUUAAAAAUAUCCUUCCCAUUAACAUGCUGCCGAGCAAUCCUGGGGUCAGUGUGCAGACUCUGGCAACUCCAGCAGGACAAUCAGGACAAUCUGCGAUUCAACGCGGGUUGACGAACCCAAUUCUUUCUGGCGUGAACCAAAGCCCGAGUCCCAGUCAAGUGCCAAGUCAGCAGCAGAACAGUCCCGGGUCUCCAAAUGAUUCUUCUGCUCACAGUCCCCAAGCUUUGAGCAUAAGUCCUCUUCACAGUCCCAUGAGCAUCGGCAGUCCUCUGUCGCCCUCUAGGAUUUAUGUUAAAGGAGAGUCCAGCGAGCGGGGACAGUACAAAGAGUCUCGGCGCGUUGGACACAUUCACGCUGAACAAAAACGGAGGUAUAAUAUUAAAAAUGGAUUUGAUACUCUUCAUAGUCUUAUUCCGCAGCUGAACCAGAAUCCUAAUGCUAAGCUCAGUAAAGCUGCCAUGCUGCAAAAAGGCGCGGAGUAUAUUAGGCAGCUGAGGAGCGAGAGGAAUUUGUUGAAAGAAGAAAUGGAUAGCUUGAGGCAGGAAAUUGAUUCUCUUAAUACUUCUAUUAGUAAUAGUCAGUCUCAAUUACCUGCAACAGGAGCACCUGUAUCUCGACAGAGAUCUAAUAAAAUAAAGGAAAUGUACGAUGAUUAUGUCCGCAAACGUACUCAAGAAAAUUGGAAAUUUUGGAUUUUCAGCAAAGUUUUGGAGUCAUUGUUGAUUUCAUUUAAUGGUACUGUAUCAACUGCGAGUAUCAAUGAUCUUUGUAGGAGUACUGUUAUGUGGGCUGAUCAAUAUUGUGCUCUUGUAGACCUUAGACCAGCUGUAUUGAAUUCAUUAAGGUAUCUCUGUACAGCAACAGACAUACUAACAGACCCCGAGCGCUUACCUGAAGAAGCUCUAGCAGCUGUAAAUCGUACAGACAAGCAAAAAUCAACUCAACAAUAAAUGUCACCUUGAUAAAUAUUAUUUUACAAUAAAUAAUAAUAUUAUUGUCUUUCAUUAAUAAGUUUAUUAAAACCAUCGUGUAUGGCACAAAUUAAUUGUUGACGAAAAUCAAGUGCAAUUGUUUAAUCUCUCGUCACAAUUAAAAGAUAACACUAAUUAAUAU